AUUAUUUUGAUACAUCUUCUUCAAAAUUACCCGAGAUAACUAAGUUGAGAACAGAAAUCCGAUAAAAUAUAAUUUAUUGAUGUGUUAUGUGUUUGAAAUAAUAGUAAUACGAUAGCAAAUAACAAAUUUUGCAUUAGAGGUGCGAAAUGGGUACGGAGAUGAUUUUAUUACUUCUGUCGAUUAUCUCCACAAUUUUUUCACUAGAAGCAGUUGAAUCAACUGAAUCACCUAGACCACAUAUAAUAUUCAUAAUCGCGGAUGAUUUGGGCUGGAACGACGUCGGUUUCCACGGUUCAAAUCAAAUCCCCACCCCGAACAUAGACGCCUUAGCCUACGGCGGGCUAAUUUUGAACCGAUACUACGUCAACCCAAUAUGCACUCCCUCGAGAAGCGCCCUUAUGACCGGCAAACAUCCCAUCCAUACGGGCAUGCAACACACUGUUUUGUACGGCGCCGAGGCCAGGGGCCUCCCUCUGACCGAGAAACUCCUGCCGCAGUAUCUGGAAGAGUUGGGAUACGAGAACCACAUCGUAGGAAAGUGGCAUUUGGGAUGCUACAAAAAGGAAUAUACGCCGCUGUAUAGAGGAUUCAAGUCACACCUUGGUUAUUGGACCGGCCACCAGGACUACUUCGACCACUCUGCCGUCGAGGCCCCCGGUUGGGGCCUGGACAUGCGCAGAGGCAUGGAGGCGGCCUACGACCUGCACGGCCGCUACUCCACCGACUUGUUCGGCGAGGAGGCGGCGCGGAUCGUCCGGCUGCACGACCCCACCCGGCCCCUAUUCCUGUAUCUCGCGCACGCUGCCGUGCACUCGGGCAACCCGUAUAAUCCGCUGCCGGCACCCGAUGAGAGCGUGGAGGAGUUCGGUUAUGUCGAGGGGUAUAAAAGGAGGAGGUUCGCAGCGAUGCUCAGCAAACUGGACCACUCCGUCGGAGAACUAACCAAAGCCCUUCAAGAAUCCCAAAUGCUGAACAACAGCAUCAUAGUCUUCACGACCGACAACGGCGGUCCCGCUGUGGGCUUCAACCUGAACGCGGCCUCCAACUGGCCGUUGCGGGGCGUGAAGAACACCCUGUGGGAGGGGGGCGUGAGGGGAGCCGCCCUCGUCUGGAGCCGUCUGAUCCAGGUGCCGAAAAGGGUGGCCAAACAGUCGAUGCACAUCGUGGAUUGGCUGCCUACGUUGGUCGAGGCUGCUGGAGGAGAUGUGAGUCAGUUAUCUGGAAUCGAUGGAAUUAGCUUAUGGACAGCAUUAUCAAAGGAUGAACAAUCCAAAAGAACUGAGAUCCUUCACAAUAUUGAUGACAUAUAUCAGAAUGCUGCCGUUACUGUAGGAUCUUGGAAAUUAUUGAAAGGAACGACUUACGACGGCACGUGGGACGGCUGGUACGGCCCCAGCGGCAGAGGACCUCCCUACGCCUACAACACCUCCGCAGUGGAGGACUGUCCCACCGGGCGGGCCUUGAGAGCCGUAGGGGGGGCGGCUAGCGCUGCCCAGAUGGCCGCCUUACGACGGGAGGCCGAUGUGCAGUGCGAGCCGCCCACGGGCGAUUCGACCGCAGGCAAUUCCACGGGGGCUUGUAGGCCUCUGGAGGCGCCGUGUCUGUUCAAUGUUGAGGAGGAUCCUUGCGAAAAGGAGAAUUUGGCAAGCAAAUACCCGAAAAUUCUCCAGAAACUGACAAAUAUCUUGGAUAGAUACAAUGCAACGGCAAUACCACCAGGAAACUUGCCAUUGGAUCUCAAAGGUGACCCCAAAAACUGGAACUACGUGUGGACCAACUUUGGAGAUUACACCAACGAAACGGUCAUUUGAAUUAUGUGUAAAAUGCGUUUUUCCGGUAGUUGAAAAUACCAAUAAUGUACCAUUCACCAUCUAAUUCAAUAUUUAGCAAUUCGUUGAUUUCAUUUUAUCUACAGGAGCUUAUUCCUGCUUACUAAUUUGAAUUUUCCUCCGUAUAUUUAUUAUCAUUGUCGUUGUCAAUGAAAAUCCCAAUUGAAAAACGCUAAAUAUGUAUCGUCUACUAGGUUUUCCAUAUCACCAAAUACACGUGACAUAACGUAUAAGGAAAAUGACACUUCUAGACAUAUUCAUAAGAUUUCCAAUUGUUUGAAACCAGAACCAGAACCAGAAUAUUAUUGUUACACUUCGAAGAUCGAUUAUUUUUUCCGACACAAGAAUGUCUUCUACAAAAUAACAAUUGAAGGGGCAAGUGGAAGAAGGAGUUAUGUUACAAAUAUGA